GAGUGGCCGACCACCAGAUACAGUGCAUCAACAGCUUUCCGAAUAAGUAACAAGCGAAAAUGAAGAUCAUUUGCAUAAUCAGUGUUAUUGCCUUACUAAUAGUAGUGCCAACGGCGCAAGGCCAUUUAGAUGAACUACUUUUUGGCAUCGGCAAUACCGUGAGUGGUUUACAACAAAAAUUCGGUUUCGGGCUAUCUUUGGGUUUUAACGGAUACCCUAAUAAUGGAUAUAGUGAUGUAUACAGGCUGCAGCAAGAAAACGAAUAUUUAAGGAGACAAUAUGAAGCUAUGGUGCACAGGGAUCGUAGACCUGGUGCUGAACAGAUACACGUACAUAACAACAACUAUAUGGUUAUGAACCCCGUCAACUACGACCCUGACAGAACUGAAAUUGGUCUAGAUUUAAGAAGUUUGUAAGUUUUAUUUAUAUAC